AUGGCCGGUUCUGAUAAUACGCUGUAUCUCUACACAUCGCUCACUGCGGGGUCGUCACAUAUCAUCACCGCCACUUCGAGACUCGAGACCAUUCUCAAAGCAAACAAGAUCCCCUUCCAGGCAAUUGAUAUUGCGACCGACGAUGCCGCAAGGAGAUUGUGGGGCCGAUACUCCAAAGGUCGCAAGUUGCCUGGUCUGGUCAAGUUUCGCACAAUAAUUGGCUUAUCACAAAAGGACCUCGAACAAAUAGAAGAGUGGAAUGAGUAUGGGGAACUCAAGGCCGAAAUUGGCUCCGUCACCGACCCCAAUGACUUCUCGUCUUCUGCUGCUAUUCAAAAGACUGCUGUCGAGUCAGUCGCGCCGAAACCUGUAGCAGCCCCGACCAACACUACCACCACCGCACCAAGCUCCGAGAACACGAGCGGCAUGUCGACACCACACAUCCAAAUCCAGAACCCUCCCGUGAGCGAGAUUAAAGAGGACCAGCGUACCCUAGCUCUGAGGCUGGCCGGCGAGGAAGCAGCGGCGAAAGCCAAGGACAAUGCGCGCUCAAAGCUUGGUGCAAAGCCACCUACAACAGAAGCCGAAGGCAAGGCAUUGCCCACAUCCAAUCCCAAGGCCAAAGGCACAGAGCCUAUCCCCGAUACCGCCGGCAAGUCUCCUGCCGCUGCUGCCGCAACCACUUCUACAAGUCCUACUACAAGCAGCAACAAACAAGAAGACAAAAGAGAAUACAGCCAGUCCCCAGCCGGCCGCCGCUCCUCUGUCGCGCCGGAGAUUAUCCCGCCGCUCAAAAGGCCGUCUUUAGCCGACGAAAGCGCUGCAGUGUCAACCGCAAAUUUCCGUGCCGAGAACGCUGAAGCUCUGGGGUUAAUUGGUCAUCAUCGAGGCUCGAUCAUUUCGGCUACUACAGAGGAUGAGCAGGAGAAAGUGCGCAAGGAUAUUCGAGCGUCGGUUUCGGAGGCCCCUGCUGAUGGUGAUAUUCAGGCUUUGCGGCAAUCGGCGGCGGAGAAGGAGAAGGAGAACACUACGAUUGCGGAGGAUGAGGAGGAGGACGAAGGUGCAGUGGAAGAAGAGGAUGAUGAGAAGCUCGGAGAGAAGAAAGAGGACAAGACCACUUCCCUCAAGAGUGAUGAUACUCAGAAGCAGGAAACCAAAGAUGAAAGUAAAGCUGGCGUUAGUGUUGAGGACUGA